AUGACCCUGCCAAUAAGGGCGAACUGGAAAUCGCAUUUCCAAUGGGUAACUAACACCGAGGGGAUCUAUGACGCAGAUGUGGAUGACUCUGAGUCUUCAACUAAUGUUAUUCAUAAACCGUUUGAAGUAGUUCAUGGAAUAUUUAAGCAAUCAGACCCUAACACCAACCAUGAAGAUAUUGAUGUAUCUGAUGGAUUUGGGCUUGUUUCUGGAACCAAAUGGUCAUCUGUAAUAGAACUUUUACAUGAAUCAGAUGGGCCCAUUAAAUUACUAUUCCUUCAAAGACAUGGUGAAGGCUACCACAAUAUUGCUCCCUCAAAAUAUAAUUAUAAAGACUGGGUUUGUAGGUGGCAGAUGGCUGAUGGAGAUGACGAAUAUGAAUGGUAUGAUGCGGAACUUACUUCUAGAGGAUUUGACCAAUUACAAGGUGUCAGAAAUAGAUGGGAUACUGAAAUAUCGUUAGGAUGUCCUAAGCCUGAAUCCCACUAUGUGUCACCAUUAAGAAGAACCUUAGAAACCUAUGAUUUGAUUUGGAAUGAAAGAAAUCACGUGACCAAGCCUGUUGUUUCAGAAUUGAUUCGUGAAACAUAUGGAAUUAGCACAGAAAGCAAAAGACAUCCCAAAUCAUAUAUUGAAGAAAGAUGGCCAUAUGUUCACUUUGAAUCGAACUUCACAGAACAUGACAAUAAUUGGACUCCACUUUUACAUGAAACCCAUCAACAUAGGAAAUAUAGAGCCAGAUUAUUCCUUCAGAAUCUUUUCAAAAACGACAAGAACACAAUCGUGCACGUGACCAGCCAUUCAGGCUUUAUUAGUUCCUUAUUAAAGGUAGUUGGGCAUAGAAAUUGGGACUUGGGCACUGGACAAAUGAUUCCAGUACUUAUUAAAGCCAAUAGUCUAAAGUUACGACCACCACAUUUGAAUAAAUCAUGGCAUUCACUUCCACAUCAGUGUGAAAAUUAUGGACAUAAUCAUGAAACUACUGAAGUAUCAAUUCUUAAUAAUUUAUAA